CUCAAACGUUAACUUUGAGAUAGAGACGACAUGGAAACGUCUACAGCUCAACUGGAUUUCACAUAAAACUACCAAUUCUAGGAAACUUCAAAAUGUACGGGUUAUUGAUCGAAAGUGUGUGCGAGUUCAUCAAGGAGAAAUUCGGUGAGAAUUCAUGGCUACAGAUCAGAGACAAGUCAAGGGUGCACGAGUACACCUUCGUUACACACCGGAUGUACAGCGAAAAGAUCAUCCCUCGGCUUGCCCAGGCGGUCUACGAUGUUACAGGGUACAGCAGAGAACAGUUCAUGGACGAGACUGGUGUCCAGUUUGUCAAGUUCCUCAACAAGUACGAGUAUGACAAAAUGCUGCGAGUACUUGGUAGGAGUCUUGGAGACUUCCUCAAUGGUCUUGACAACCUGCACGAGUACCUGCGCUUCAGCUACCCCAAGAUGAAGCCUCCCAGCUUCUUCUGCACAGAUGAGAGCCUCAAAGGCCUCACCUUGCAUUACAGAUCGAGGCGUAAAGGAUACACCCAUUACGUCAAAGGCCAACUGCGCCAGGUGGCCAAACAGUUCUACAACCAGGAGGUUUCUGUGAUUAUAGUCGAGGAGAAGCAGUCUUCAAAGGACACCUACUACGUGAAAUUUAGGAUAAACUUUGAUAACAAGGAGUACACGGAGAAGACGCGGAUUUCAAGUGUAAUGAUGAACGGACAUGCUCAACUGAGGGCAAACUUAUUCUUUGACGUCUUUCCCUUUCAUAUUGUCUUUGGCAACGACAUGAAAAUAAGAAAUUCAGGGUUUAACCUCCGCCCCACCCCCGUCUCAUACGCCUAG